UUUCACCACAUCUUUGCUAACGUGCCCCCUGGCAGCCAAAAGGGAUGGGUCUCGUCUGGUCGCCGUUAGUGUCGUCGUCAAGAAAUGCGACGUCGCUCCAAACCUCUUAUUCCUUUCGGAAGUCUCCAACUCGACGUUACGAGAUUUUACAGUCUGCGUAACGCCCCUCAACUUCCGGUACAGCAGAGCUUACGAGCUGGUGGAGAUGAUAGAGCUCAACAAGGUUUUGGGAGCUCAGAAGAUUGUCUUCUAUAACUUUAGCACUGGAUACAACGUUGAUAAAGCCCUCCAGUACUACACACUACGAGGAGACGUGGAAAUUCUUCCUUGGCACCUCCCGCUCAGAACUGACACCUGGCCGCCGACAAAGAACCCGCCGGAGAUCCACUACUUCGGCCAGAUGGCUGCCCUCAACGACUGCCUGUACCGGUACCGAGCGUCCAGUAGAUACAUCGUCUUCCAAGACCUGGACGAGUUCAUCGUGCCCAAAACAUACGCCAACUGGAGCGAGAUGGUGAGCGUUCGUCAGGCGAAGCAACCCAAAGUGUCCGCAUUCCAGUUCCGCUGUGUGUUCUUCCGUAAGGAGUGGCCUAAAUUGGCCGAGGAUUUCGAGGGAAACGACGUUGCCUUGAGGUACAACUCGGUCGUUCUGAGGCACACCUUGAGAGAGACGAAGAUUCUCGCCCACAACGUGCGCUCCAAGUUUAUCGUGAUUCCCAAAAAGACCAAAGUGGUCGGUAUCCACACCCUGUGGAAGCACACGGGGGUCAUUGACAAAGUUCCGGAUUCUGACGCGCUACUCCAUCACUACAGGUCGUGGGAGUCCCCGAACGACCAACAGCCAAAACUCGAUGAUAGAACGUUGGUGGACAAGUUUGGUCCGAGAUUAGUGAAAAAGCUGGCCAAGAGUUGGGAAGCCCUAAGUGAUAUUCCUCUUGAUGUUGAUUUGAAAUCUUAUGGCACCUCUGUAUGAUAUACCAGUUUGGAUGGAUGAUUAAUUCUAAUAAUUCACAAGUUCAAAUCUCAAAUGCAUACUCAUAAUGUUUGUGACAGUACGACGAAACAGAAUAUCGUGCAUCGAUACUUUAUGUUUUGCUCGCCUUCAUGAGUCAUGUUUCUGUGCAUUAUUUAAGCCCGAGUGAAAAAAAUAGGAGAAAGUGAGAUUGAUGGUGGAAUACACGAGAGAUACUGAAAUGUGGAGAUGAAGGAAUCGAGAUAGAAAAUAAAGAACAGCUUGAAGAAGGGAUGGAGAGGUGAGAGAGAGACAGAAAGAGAGAGGGGGUGUAAGAGAGGGGGGGAGAAGAGAGAGAGAGAGAGAGAGAGAGAGAGA